AUGGCCGCCGUCAACGACACGACGGCCGCGUUUGCGGCCGGCGACUCGGAUCUCAAUGCCCAGGAGGUCAACGUCGACCUUACCCAGCUCACUGCGCUCUCGCCCGAGGUCAUCUCGAAGCAGGCCACUAUCAACAUCGGCACAAUCGGACACGUCGCGCACGGAAAGUCGUCAACCGUGCGCGCCAUCUCGGGCGUGCAGACUGUCCGGUUCAAGAACGAGCUCGAGCGUAACAUUACCAUCAAGCUUGGCUACGCGAAUGCCAAGAUCUACAAGUGCAGGAACCCCGCCUGCCCGCCCCCCACCUGCUACCGUUCCUACCCGUCGUCCAAGGAGCUCAACCCCAAGUGCGAGCGCCCAGGCUGCGACGGCCGCAUGGAACUCAUCAGGCAUGUCUCGUUCGUCGAUUGUCCGGGACACGAUAUCCUCAUGGCAACCAUGCUUACCGGUGCCGCCGUCAUGAACGGCGCCCUGCUCCUGAUUGCUGGUAACGAGUCGUGCCCGCAGCCCCAAACAGGCGAGCACCUUGCCGCGCUUGAGAUAAUUGGCAUCGACCCCCACAACAUUGUCAUCCUCCAAAACAAGAUGGACUUGGUGCGCGAGAGCGAGGCGCUCGAGCACUCGGAGCAGAUUCGCCGCUUCGUCGAGGGCACGACUGCCAGGCUCGCACCCAUCAUCCCUGUGUCCGCCCAGCUCCGCUUCAACAUUGACGCUGUCGUGCAGGCGAUUGCGCAGAUUGCGCCGCCCAAGUACGACUUCACCGCCGACCCACGCAUGGUCGUCAUUCGUUCCUUUGACGUCAACAAGCCGGGUGCGACGGUCGACGAGCUCAAGGGUGGUGUGGCUGGUGGCUCCAUUCUCCAGGGUGUGUUCAAGGUGGGGAUGGAGGUCGAGAUCCGUCCCGGUAUCAUCACCCGUGACGCGAGCGGCACGUGCACGUGCAGGCCCCUCAAGUCGAAGAUUGUGUCGUUGUAUGCCGAGCAGAACCAGCUCCAGUUCGCCGUCCCAGGUGGUCUCAUUGGUGCCGGUACGCUCGUGGACCCUGCGCUCUGCCGUGCCGACCGCCUGCUCGGCAUGGUCAUGAGUGCAGUCGGCAAGGGACCGUCCAUCUACACUGAGAUCAAGGCCGAGGUCUUCCUCCUCCGCCGCCUGUUAGGUGUGCGUACCGAGGACACGAAGAAGGCGCGUGUAUCCAAGGUCGUUGUCGGCGAGACGCUCUUCAUCAACAUUGGUGCUUCGCAGACUGGUGGCCGCAUCCAGAACAUCAAGGGUGCAAUGGUCACGAUUGCGCUCACCACCCCUGCGUGUGCCGAGAAGGGCGAGAAGAUUGCCCUUUCGCGCCGUAUCGACAAGCACUGGCGUCUCAUUGGCUGGGGUGAGGUCAAGAGCGGCGGUGUGCUCGCCGAGGUGCGCGAGGACUAG